UUCUGUUUAAGACACAGUUCAGUUUUAAGCUCCUCAUCCUGAGUGGAAUAAUGAGUCUGUGUGAGUACAGCUGCCUUUUUCAAAUCAUCUCUACAUAAUAUAAGCUCAUGAUUCUACCGUCACAGAAAAUGUCUAAAUAUUUUCAGUUGAGCUGUGGUGUAGCAGUGGUCCUUGCUCCUAUUGUCCUGGGGGCUGUAGGUUUCAACCCAGCUGGAAUAGCAGCAGGUUCCUACGCUGCAUUCUGGAUGUCUGCAGAUGCUAUAGCCAAUGGAGGAGGAGUGGCAGCAGGAAGUCUGUUUUCUCUUUUACAGUCAGCAGGUAUGGCAGGUCUGUCUUGGGUCGCCACCGCAGUCGUGGGUAUUGUUGGAGGGGCUGUUACAGGAAUUGUUGUGUAUUUGGCUAAUUUCAUUUGAGACCAAGAAAUCUAUAUAUAUAUAGAUAGAUAUUUAGAAAAAAACAAAUGGAUUUAUUUACUGCUGCCAAUUGGAAACAGUUGCAAUAGUAUCAGCGUCAUGCUUCAGUAAAGCUUGGUUGAAAUCUCAGUGCUGGUAAUGCUGUGGUGUUUUAUUACAAAACACAUAAACACGCUCAAAUUGUGCAACUAUGAAAAAAGCCCUUAAAAAUAAUGAAAAGCAUUUUAAAGUUGUGUUCUGGUUAUUUUUAUUAUUGUGUUUAUAUUUUAUUAUUAUAUUUAUCUAUCUGUUAUCAGAAAAAACUAAG